UCGAUUAUGAAAAUACCGGAAGUAAACAAGUCAUUUUCGCGAAGGUGGCACCUCCUCCCCCUUUUGCCUUGGCUCGCGGGGAAAACAUGGCCACUUUCAAUUUCAUCCGGGGUCGGUGCUUUCGAUGGAUUCUAACAACCUGGAACAUCUUGUUGUGGGUGGAUCAUGGAAGAUCGCAGACAACAACGGUUAGUCCCAGUUGCGAGGUUGAUCCUGGAGAAGUUGCGGAGCAGGUUGUGGAGAAACAGCAUCGGCAGGACUCGUUGAAUUUGUUGUUGUUUUUGAUCUUGUUAGUGAUAACCAUUCUCACAACAUGGCUAUUCAAGCAUCACAGGUUCAGGUUUAUGCACGAGACGGGGUUAGCGAUGAUCUACGGUGUGAUAAUUGGAGUUAUAGUUUACUAUGUAUCCAAGGGCAAUGGAGAGGCAUCUAUGGUGUACACCCAGAAGGGAUCUUGUGGAGAAGUCAACGCCCCCAUGGACAUGUACUUGCAUCUUACGUACGAGGAGUAUGGAGCUAACAGAGCCAACGUGACGUUCCUCUAUAUCAGAGACAGUGUGGUUGGGCAGGUUCAGGCCAGGUCUAGAGAUUUUGGUGCAAAGCUGCAAUUUGAUCCAGAGAUUUUCUUCAAUAUCCUUCUGCCACCAAUCAUAUUCUACGCAGGAUACAGCUUAAAAAGAAGACAUUUCUUUCGGAACCUCGGAUCUAUCCUCACAUUUGCUUUUGCUGGAACAGCCAUAUCCUUCUUAGUUGUUGGUGGCAUCAUGUAUCUAUUUGUAAUUGUAGUCAUGAAAGAAACAAGAGUUACCGUCCAAGAUUGCCUUCUCUUUGGCGCUCUAAUCUCCGCAACUGAUCCAGUGACUGUUCUAGCAGUAUUCCAUGACCUCCACGUUGAUGUGGAUAUGUAUAUUCUAGUCUUUGGGGAAAGUGUUCUCAACGAUGCUGUGGCUAUCGUAUUAACAAGGACAGUAGAAGAGUUCUCAGAUACGGCUUUCAGCGCAGGCGGUUUCUUCAAAUCGCUCGGCCUCUUUGCAGGAAUUUUCAUGGGUUCGUUUGCCAUGGGCGCCGCCAUGGGCAUCAUUACAGCAAUUAUUACGAAAUUUACUCGUUUGAGAGAUCACCCUCUAUUAGAAACAGCUAUAUUCACUCUCAUGUCAUAUAGUUGCUAUCUCAUGGCUGAAGCUGCACAAUUAACAGGUAUUGUUGCUGUUUUGUUCUGUGGAGUGACGCAAGCUCACUAUACUUACAAUAAUUUAUCAGAAGAAUCAAAGAGAAGAACCAAAGAGACGUUUGAGUUGCUGAAUUUCUUAGCAGAAAGUUUCAUCUUCUCCUAUAUGGGACUCUCAGUCUUCAAUCAUUCUAAUAAGCAGUUUAGUGUGGGCUUUAUGGGAUCAGCAUUUUUUGGUAUUAUUAUAGGGAGAUUACUGAACAUUUAUCCACUAUCAUUUCUACUUAAUCUUGGAAGGAAAGAGAAGAUUCCGUGGAAUGUACAACAUAUGCUAUUCUUCUCAGGUCUACGUGGGGCCAUUGCUUUUGCAUUAGCAAUUCGUAACAAGGCAACCUAUGGGCAGGAACUAAUCCUAACGACCACACUCAUCAUCGUUCUGGUGACGGUCGUGUUCUGCGGAGGCCUGACCACUCAGAUGUUGGCCUGGCUUAAGAUUCGCGUCGGGGUCUCGGACGACGAUACUAACCAAAAUGCUUUCCAUGCGGGAUCGUCCAUGGCUUAUUCCCAGAUUUCAGAGCAGGAGAGUCGACUAAAGAGAAGAAAACAGCAGGCGUGGGUCGUUAGAAAGUGGUACGACUUUGAUUAUAGGUAUUUAAAACCAAUCUUCACAAAGAAGGGCGCUGAUCUAAGAGAAAAUGUGCCAUCAUGCUGCUUGCCUCUUGCAGAAUGUUUAACAGUACAGGACGAUAACCCGAGUGUCAACGACGAAAGCGAUGAUGAUUUCAUCCUGGACGAUGACGUCAACAUCAUGCCAGAUACCAACGGUGCAAGCAACGGGCCAGCGGACGACCAGGACCCACGGACGCUGGACGAUGAGGGGGUGCUGGAGGGGGACCUGGGAUUGGGGGAUCAUCAGCUUAGAACACGGGGGAUUAUUGGUUCCAACGACCCCGCCCCUACCAGGGUAUAACAAGAGUGAAUGAUGAUGUAGAGGUAGAGUUGUUAUGUAAUACAG